GUUAUGAUUUUUUCUAACGUUUUAGGUAAUACGUCGCGGCAAAAAUAUCCUACCUACAGUCGCUCGUCUAUGUCUGAUUGCGACGUUCUUCGAAGAUGGUUUACGCAUGUACUUCCAAUGGAACGAACAACGUGAAUAUAUGGAUAUGAGCUGGGGCUGUGGCAAAUUUUUGGCUACAGUUUUUGUGUUAGUGAAUUUGUUUGGACAACUUGGUGGCUGUGUUAUGGUUAUUGCUAGGUAUAAAGUCGAGAUUGCUGUGGGUUUGCUCUUUUUCAUCGUAGUGCUACAGACAAUAGCUUACUCUAUACUUUGGGAUAUACAAUUCUUGUUUCGCAAUCUUGCGCUGAUCGGCGCAUUACUGCUCGUAUUAGCCGAAUCACGAGUC